AUGGUGAUACAAGCCUCUCAACCGUCCUCCGCGGAUCCAACAGAUGCCAGGGGCGAACCUGCCUCUCAGCCUGAAAAGUCAAAGGUUGAGGAGGAGUUGAAGAAAGCAGCUACACAUCGGUCUCGGCCUAGCUGCUAUUAUUACUAUUACUUCAAUGAAGGAGAUCCUCAGAAUUAUUCUGAUGAUUUGGAGAUGGAACAAGGACUAUUACCUGUUGUUAUGUUCCCAGAUAAACAGGUUCAGGUCGAGGAGUGGAAGAUAGAAGCACAACAGUUUGAGACUGAUUUUGGCGAGAUGGAAAUGAAGAUUCAUAGGUUCCCUGCAAGCACGCGGAGCCUUGGACGGCGUUAUAUCCUCCCAAUGGCUGUGAGCAUCGGUCUUUACCACCAUGGCUCAAGUAGCCUGCAUGAGAUGGAGAAGGUGAAGCGCGUGGCUACACACCACUUCAUCAGUUACUCAGGCCGCUCAUUUGAGGAGAUGUAUGCGGCGGUCUUCUCCGUCAUAGGUGCUGCCCGCAGCUUCUACGACACCAAGGAUUCCAAGGUCGACGUAGGAGAUGCUGAAUUUGCGGACAUGAUGUUCAUCGAUGGUUGCUUCUUGCUGCAGUAUAUGCUUAUGUGUACCGGCCUUGGCAAGCUGCCUCCGUCAUUAUUGUCUUGCUUCAAGUCCAACGAGGCUUGCAUCAUCAACGACAUAAUGCUGCUCGAGAAUCAACUUCCCUGGAUGGUGGUCAACAUCCUAAGGACGUUCAGGUCCGUGCCUGUGGAGGAGUUUAUCGGUAAGAUGGGACGCACACUCCAAAUCCGUGGGGACAUGCACAGGAGACCAGUUGUGAUGGAUGCUUGCUACAUGCCGCCACAUCUUCUUGGCAUCCUCCUGUUCUACAAAGCCGGAGGCAUAAAUAAUAAUGUGCCCCUGUCUGUUCCAGAUGGUUUUAGAUCCAUGUCAAAGAGUAUUAGCGCCAUUGAGCUUGCAGAGAUUGGCAUUAAGCUCACAGCCGGCAAGACGACAAAGUUCAUGGACACGGGCAUCAAGAAAACAUUCCUCUCUGCCGAGAUCUUCCUGGCACCUCUGUUGCUGGACGACAUAAGGUCCUGCUGGCUUGUCAACAUGGCGGCUUUCGAGGUAUGCCUGGGCAUGGCAGCUGGUGCUCAUCAAAGUACAGCAGUCGUCUGCUCCUACCUUGCUGUCCUCGCCAUGCUCAUGGAUCGGGAGGAGGACGUGCACGAGCUGCGAUCCAAGCGCCUGGUGCAGGGAGAACUCACCAACAAAGAGACGCUUGACUUCUUCAAGAUGCUUGUCAAGUGCAUAAGUGGCGGCCCCCUCUACAUUCAAAUCAUGGAGGAGGUUGAGGCCUACAAGCUCAACAGGUGGAUGUGGAUCAAGGUGCACCAGUUCGUCUACAAAAACUUCAAAGCAAUCGUCACGGUGCUCUCCAUCACUGGUGUUCUUGUGGGCAUCUUCAAGGCUAUCCUCUCUCUCAAGAGACACUAG